AUGCAGAAAGGAAGCGAGCACCAAGCGCUGGCAGCGGGCGCUGCGGGGGGCUGAGCCGCGGUGGCCGCUCGCCGCCCCUGGCACACGUGUAACACGAAACUUCGCAUCUCCAGGACAACCAGUAACACAAAAAAGGCAGAGACAACAGCUGGCUGUCAGCAGCGGAGCGGAGGGGAGCCGAGCGAGGAGCCGGACACAAGCCAGGGUGAAGAGAGAGAUGACGUGAAAGUUUAAGAAGACAGAAAGAAAAACAAGAGGAGAGGAGUUCGCGGCGCGGCUGGGAAAUCCCAAAGCAGCAAGAGCCCUUGGAACCAUUGUGCAGUCAGAAGUGCAGUCAAACAGAAAAACAUUUGCUUCCUCACGGGUAGGUUGGAGAUUGUGCCACCAACAUCAAACUUUGUCCCUGAAUAAGUUCAAACCAAGAGCCAAGAGCAGAAAACACAAAUCAAUUCACCUCUGCCUGCACCGCCAUCUCUUGGAAUGGAAACAAAACUGGAAACCUGCUGACACAGAAUCCCACGGCAUUGUGCAAAAGAUAAAGCAGCCAUUUCUGGAGCAGCUCGCUUAGGCAUAAAGCCCGGAGAGGUUGAGCCGGAAUGUCCUCUGAAGGCUUUCUGAAGGAAAUGCAAACCAUUGGUGAGAAGUUUCUCCUUAAGCUCCAGAAACUGCCGAAGGCUGACCCAGUGGAGAUUGUGUCCUUUUGCGUGGUUCUUCUGUUUAUCGUUACUGUUCUCCUGCUCAUGAUCAUUGCCUGCAGUUGCUGCUGCUACAGCUGCUGUAGCUGUGACGGACAUCCUGACCACAGACGUAGGAAGAUCCAAGUCCGCCCAGUUGUCCAUUCAUGAAGUGCAACAAGAGGUGACACAACCUACUGUUAAGGACAUGCAUGGACGUCGUGAUUCAGUCCUAUGGGAAUGACUUUCUAUACUAGCUCACUGAAAAUGGCAGUAACAAUGUUAAUUAAUGUGACUCAGAGGACCAGAAAUCACAGCAUGGAAUUCCUUCUUUCUGUGACAGCCACUGGGCUCCUUGGCGUGACCAGAAAGGUAACACUACCAUCACUGUCUCCCUCUUCUGGGGUGGGGUGGGGGGUGCUGCUGAGAAGAGACGCGCUUUCCCAAUGGCAGCCCUGCAGCUGAGCCAGCCAGGAAUUCCCUCUGUGAGCAUGGAGCCGCAAACCAAAGCAGAGAACACAUACACUGCCACAUGCUCAGCAGCACCCACUCUCUUCACAAGUGGUUAUUCCAGAAGGAUGAUGCUGGGUGCUAGCAAAACUAACUGACAUCAAUGGGAGGUCCACAUGCCCAGUACAUCUUGGAUCAAGCCCAAACCUGCUCUCUUAAAAGCCACCUGCAAGAGACACGUUUAGCUGAGAUGUCUCUUGAAAACAAACCAUGGAUCUUCUGAUCCAGACACACCAGCUGAGGGUCCGAGUACAGCUGGUACCAAAUGCUCCCUGCUUUAUUUCAUCAGUGUUACAAUGAUGUGAAAUUGCCAAAGAGAAAAAUCAGAUCACGUGCAAUACCCUUUUUAAAGAGAAAGAUGAAGGCAAAAGGGAAAAACUCACCAUUGUUACGGCUUAAUUUGAUUAUUCUGCUGCUAAAUGUGCUCCCUCCCCACUCCCUGUGUGGUUCAGCUCUUCUGCUUAUUGGAGGUGAAUAGUCCUUACAGAGCAUGGGAGUUACAGGAGAUGGAACAAAUCUAUCCUUACUGGAAGGACCUGUGUGCCUGACUCCCUGCACUGUGUGCAAUUUAUUUUAGUGGGCAUAAACAUUAUGCCUAAGGUAUGUAUUGGUGUGUAUUAGCAUACACACAGGCAGUUCAGAGGCCUGACAUACAGUAUGGUAACUGUCACUUAAGGGUAUACAUGCAGCAGCUGACAGUGGGCAUUGUGACAAAGCAGAGCCAAGAAUGGGCUGUACGGCUGCAGUUAACAAAUGCAAAUAAAUCCCUUUUCCAUGCUGCAGCCACUGUGUAUGUUUGGUUUACACUUCGGUGAACUUCAGAAAGGGAUUUACAUAAGCACAAGGCUAUUGCACAGGCCACGCCUUUCAUAACUGGGACAGCCAAAUGGAAGACCAUCAUACUGCACCUAACACUGUAAGCCACUGGUCUUUCUUUUAGCCCCAGAUGUGAAACCAACCACCUUUAUGAGAAGGUAUAAAAAGUUAAUGCGUAUAGAUAAAUCACCCUCUACCCUUGUAUUCCAACUGCUAAAUACAGAGGAGUCAAAGGGAUUGCACAUAUAUAUAACAGAGUUGACAUCUAGCUAGAGAGAAAAGAAUCAUCAAGUUUUUAACAGUGGGCUUUUAAAUAUUCUUCACACUGCAGAAAGGACAAAAAAAAAUGAAAACUGUGUAAAGAAACCUCUUUUCUCUGAUGCCUGCACCCAAAUUAGUAAAAUCAGUAACUUCUCAUGUAUUUAAUGCACUUUAAUUUUUGCAAAGAAACUAGAUUUAAAUAUUUUGUGGUUUUGUACUGCUGCACACGGGAAUAUAGCGACAGCCAGCAACAGCU